UUCAUAUCGGUCUUUUAGGUUAGGGACUAUUAUUUUGUAAAAUUUCAAUGAAUAAAUAAAUGAAUUAAUUUGUUUGGUGUAAAAAGAAAUGUAUUGUCCUUUGUGUAAUACUGAGUUACAGUUGAAGCAAAUAAAUUUUACAGAAGCAAUUUAUUUAUGCACUAAUAUCUCUUGCAGCUAUCCAACAAACAAUAAAUGCACUGUAGUUAAACGAAGGCUGGAGGAAAUAAAACGAAUUCGAAAACAUCCUAAAACCAACAAAGCAAAAUACAAAUCUUGUCAUGGAAGUGACAAUAAUAGUGAUAACAACACAGAUUUUGAUCUAGAUGAACUGGUCUCAUCUACACUUAUGCAUUUGAACCCAAGCUCUUUAGAACAAGCAAAUAUCGAUAAUGAGAAUGGGAAUCACUUAUCAGAAAGUGUCAAGAAUGAGCAAGUAUUUGAUAAGGAAUUGGAAGAAUUUCUAAAUGGAUUGGGAAAUAGCUGAAUUGGCUGUAAGAUACAUGUUUCUUGUGCCUUUGAUAUGAUCAUUUUAAGAGCUGUAUGUAGAUUUUGUAUGCUAAUAAACUAUUAUUUUGUAUAAUGAUGAGUUAAUUUCUACUGUUGUCUAUUUAAUUAUUUUUGUUGAUAAAAGUGAUUUCUGAAAAGUAAUAAAGGUAUACUGAGUUUGCUGAGUAUUUAACUGUCUUGUCUAGUAAUUACUUUUUGCUAAGAUGAAUAAAUUUUCACCAACUAGGUCUAGCAGAGGCUGGAAAUUACGAUACAACCAAAUGUAUAUGCUCAUAGCCAAUAUUUUAA